GUCAGAAUUCGAGAACAGGAAGUGUCGGUAGUACGGGGCUUAACAUGGAAAGCUAAGCAGUGUCUGGUCAAUUUAAAGUAAACGCUGGAGGUUUUUCGCAUCUCGCAUUGAAACGCGGAUGUUCUCGCGCACAGAGAGUCGCUCGGUCACUGACCGGAAACCGGAGGUGUUGACGCUCCUGUAAAAGAUCCGUGUUCGUGGUAUUUCUGCGUGUUAUUAGCCUCAGUCAAGCACCACUCUAGCUAGCUUAGCUUUGCAGUGGCAUUCGUUAGCUCUUUUGACAGCCACGGCAGCUAAAAUUAUCCGAGUUAGUAACCGGAGCGAAAUUCGGGUUCAUUCGUGUGUCCGUGUGUGUUUAUGCAUGGUGCUUCUCGUGCGACUCGGCUGCUCCUGAAUGUGUGGCGAGAGGAACAGCAGCAGCCACAGCUAGCACGGUGUUAGCUUGACAGCAGCAGCAGCAAUGGGGUCGAAAAGGUGUUUUAAGACGACGAGAGGACUUUGCUUUUUGACCGUUGUGCUGAUAGUCUUCGUCAGAGGAAUAACAUCAGAUGAGGAGCAACAUGAAAAUGACGGCCCAGAGCUGAAGUCUUAUCAUGACCCAGACAAUGAAGACGAGGACGUCCGUCUGGCGUCAGUCAUCGUGGCCGGUGCCUCUGUGACCUCCGUUCAUGAAGUGUCCCAACAGGAGGAGGAGAAGGAGUCACCUGCAGAUGGACUGGAGGGCGAAGAGAAGGAGGACCUGCCUGACCCGCCUCCUCCAGCUGAGGAGAAACCCAAAGAGGUUCCUGUGGUGAAUGGAGGUACAGCCCACGGAGAACCCUGUGUCUUCCCAUUCCUCUUCCAGCGGAAGGAGUAUAUGGACUGUACCACUGAUGGACGGGGGGAUGGACGGUUGUGGUGUGCCACAAUCUACGACUAUGACCAGGAGAAGAAGUGGGGAUUUUGUGAGACUGAGGAGCAGGCACAGCAGAGAAUGCAGGAGGAGGAAACUGAGGAGCUGUAUCAGACCGUCCUGCGCAUGCUCAAUUCCACCACCAGAAAAACACAGAAAAAAGAGUUAUAUGAAAAGCUGUUGAAAGUAGCAGAGAAGGGACACCAGAAAGCCAUGGAGAAGGUGGCGUACGCCAUGCUGUUUGGAGACUACAUAAACCAGAAUGUCUCCAAGGCCAAAGAAAUGUUUGAGAAGCUUGCUGUGGAAGGCUCACCCAAAGCUCAGAUGGCUCUUGGUUUUCUAUAUGCUGCAGGACUUGGAGUUAACUCGAGUCAAGCUAAGGCCUUGGUUUACUACACCUUUGGUGCACUCGGUGGAAACUUGGUAGCUCAUAUGAUUCUGGGAUACAGAUACUGGGGAGGUGUGGGUGUUCCCCAGAGCUGUGAGUCAGCACUAACACACUACAAGCUUGUGGCAAAUCAGGUGGCCAGUGACGUGUCCCUGACAGGGGGAUCAGCUGUGCAGAGGAUCAGGCUCUUGGAUGAGGUGGAGAACCCAGGCUCCACCAGUGGGAUGUUGGAGGAAGACCUGAUCCAGUACUACCAGUUCCUAGCUGAGAAAGGAGAUGUACAAGCUCAGGUAGGACUGGGUCAGCUUCAUCUGCACGGAGGACGUGGAGUUGAACAAAAUCACCAGAGGGCGUAUGACUACUUCAACCAGGCUGCUAAUGCAGGGAACACGCAUGCUAUGGCUUUCCUGGGAAAGAUGUACUCGGAGGGCAGCGAGUAUCUGCCUCAGAACAACGAGACGGCCCUGCAGUACUUCAAGAAGGCUUCAGACCUGGGUAAUCCAGUGGGACAGAGUGGCCUGGGCAUGGCCUAUCUUUAUGGAAGAGGUGUCCAAGUGAACUAUGAGCUGGCGCUGAAAUACUUCCAGAAGGCAGCAGAGCAGGGUUGGGUUGAUGGACAACUCCAGCUGGGCACCAUGUAUUACAACGGCAUCGGUGUGAAGCGCGAUUACAAACAGGCUCUCAAGUUCUUCAACUUGGCCUCGCAGGCAGGCCACAUCCUGGCCUUCUACAAUUUGGCCCAGAUGCACGCCACUGGCACAGGUGUGAUGCGCUCCUGCCACACUGCUGUGGAGCUUUUCAAGAACGUGUGUGAGCGCGGCCGCUGGUCAGAGCGUCUGAUGACGGCCUACGGCAGCUUCAAGGAGGGCGAGUCGGAUGCAGCGCUGGUGCAGUAUCUGCUGCUGGCUGAGCAGGGCUAUGAGGUGGCCCAGAGCAACGUGGCCUUCAUUCUGGAUCAGAAAGGGAUACGGAUCUUCACUGAGAACGAGACCUACCCUCGGGCUUUGCUCCACUGGACAAGGGCUGCAGCACAAGGUUACACUGUGGCAAGGAUAAAACUCGGGGACUAUCACUUCUAUGGCUUCGGGACGGAUGUGGACUAUGAGACGGCUGUCAUCCACUACAGACUGGCGUCCGAGCAGCAGCACAGCGCACAGGCCAUGUUCAACCUGGGCUACAUGCACGAGAAAGGCCUGGGCAUCAAACAGGACAUUCAUUUAGCCAAGCGUUUCUACGACAUGGCCGCUGAAGCCAGUCCUGAUGCCCAGGUCCCGGUCUUCCUGGCUCUGUGCAAGCUGGGUCUGACUUACACACUUCAGUACCUGCAGGAUUUUAACCUGAAGGAGCUGGUCUCUCAGUUGGACCUGGACCAGAUUCUGGGCCCGGAGUGGGACCUCUACCUUAUGACCGUCAUCGCCCUGCUCCUGGGCACAGUCAUCGCCUACCGACAGCGCCAACACCAAAUCAUAGUGCUGCCUCGUCCGCCCGCCCCUGCCCCCGCCCCCGCCCCGGUGCCCCCUCCCAGGCCAGCUCAGGAGCAGCCACAAGCCCAGGACGACUCCCAGGGUCAGGAAGAAACACUAGGCCAGGGCCCGGUCCAGGAGGAAGAGGAGGAGGAGGAGCAGCAGUGAGAGGUUGCCAGACAGAGCGAGGGCAGGAAUAGACAGACGGAAGCUGUACCAGGCAUGGAGCCGCUGCUCCUUACUAGCUGAAUAGCUGCUUGUUUGAGCGCCUCUCCCCCUCCGCCUGCUCCACUCCACACGCUGAAUAAAGACUAAGAUCACUGCAGAACUGCUCAGCCUCACAACUCCCUCUCUCCAUUUUAAAUAUGCUGGUCCUGUGCUCAGAGCAAGACAGCGGAGGUGUGUCAGGACAGUGCUGCAGAGAGGAUGAAUAACACAGACUUGUGGACUUGUUAGUCUGUGACUCAGGUCAGAAGCAGCCGUGUCCUCACCGUGGAAAUAGUCCUGCAGUUGCCAGAUCGAAGGUGUUUUGGUCUACAUAGUUGAAAUCUGAUAUGUGCAUUAGUUUCUUUUCACUUUUUUUUUUUUUUUUUUGAGAAAAUUUUACACAGUUGAACUGCUUCAAUCCUAAUUUUGUGCAGAGAAGAUAAUUUGAGUCAGGAGAAUGUGAACAAAGAAUUUUAUUUGCUAGCCCCAGUCUUUUUGCUAACAGAAGUCAUGGUUGUGCAUGUUUUGCAGACUUUAGGCAUUUUUCUUUUUAUUUUAUACAUCCAUUGAGUAAACAGGUUUUGCAUUGUAACAUCAUUACUUGUUUUUUUUAAUUGACAUAAUGUCAGGUCAGUACCUGCAGUUCACAGAGAAAGACAGUUUGUAUUUCCUCACUGUCAGUGACGGUGCUAAAAUGUACUAAAGCCAUUUCAUGUCACCAGUAUACGAACAAGAAUUGUGGUUAGUAGUUAACUUUAAUUGAUAGAAAAGCUGGACUGGAUGCUUGUUUGAUAAAUUAUUUCAUUUUAAGCACAGUACUUGGUGUUUGAUGUUUUUAACAUCUAGAAGGCUUGCCACCAAAAUCUCUGAGGCAGAUUCGGCUGGAGAAUCUACACAGACGUCUUUCUCUCUCGGAGUACAGUGAAAGCAGAGUGCUCAGCCUUUUUGAUAAUUCAUUUUAAAGAGCAAAUGUGAAAAACAGAUGCGCACAGUCCAGAGAAAGAAAGCAGAGAUCACCAGUGUGAUCUGUUUCCAUCAGCAAGAUGUGAUUUUGGGUUUUGGAUGAAGGUUCAAUCGUUUCCUUCUUCCUUGUAGCUUAUUAAGCUGUGUGUUAGCUGAGGCAGAAUUUGGAACGGCCUCACAGACUCGAACGCUUUAAACUCUCACUUAUUGGAUUGUUUCCACUUUAGAGGAAGGACUUUUUUUUUUUUAUACCAAUCUUCAGCUCUUUCCACCCCCUCACAUUUGCUCAAGUCGGAGCUCUGCUCACACUUUGCAGCUCAGAUGAAGUCUGAGCCUGAAAUGAAAAACCAGUGUAGCUUUGGUUCGUCUGUGAUGUGUUUAUACAAACGGGAAUAGAAACUCCUCAAUUUGCCACAUGCAGUUUAUUCUGUGAGGCCCUUCUGUUCACUUCCACAGUUUGUUGUAAGAAUUAUUAAGAUUUUACCUCCCAGUACGUCUGCGUGAAGCGUACAAACUCAACAAGGACAGGUUGAACGAUUAUUCCAAAUGGUUCCAAUGAAAUUGACGUCCCUGUGCUCAUGCAUCGAUAUCAACACUCACAAUUUGUCUAAAAUGGGAGAAAGUCAAGAGGACUGGAUCUUUACCAUCACAAAUACUUGAAUAAGUUUAUAUGGAAAUUAAUAAAUGAUAUGGAUAUUUA